UAUUCCCGACGUCACUUCCAGCGGAAGUUGAGAAUUCUCACAACAUCGAGCUAGAGUUGCGACCGAAGGCUAGCCUCAUCUAUUGUCAAUCACGUUGACGUCCCACACGGAGGAGAAACAUGUCCGAUACGGAGACAAAACCAUCCAGCCAAGAUGGGGGUGAAAAGAAGGAUGGAGAGUACAUCAAGUUAAAAGUGAUUGGUCAGGACAGCAGUGAAAUCCACUUUAAGGUGAAAAUGACGACACACCUGAAGAAGCUGAAGGAGUCUUACAGCCAGAGACAGGGAGUUCCAGCCAGCACGCUACGGUUUCUGUUUGAAGGUCAGAGAAUCGCAGACAACCAAACUCCCAAAGAGCUGGGCAUGGAGGACGAGGACGUCAUCGAGGUCUAUCAAGAACAGACCGGCGGGCUUCGGAAGGACUAAACACAUUUCUACUUUCCUUUUUCUUAUUUUGUAUUUGAUUUUCUAUGUAUGUACGUAUUUGUGUUCAGCUUCAAACCAUCUGGAUCAAACUCUGUGAGGAAAGGGGACGGGCGGCGCAGGUGUGCCCGCCCGGUUGCCCCCGGCAACCGCCUACGACGCGUGUGUCGCGCCGACGUUUUCAUGACGUUUCUUUUGGGGCGUCGGCAGAAGCAAACGAUGCAUUCAAGGAACAGUUCAACGGGAACACUUCUCAUUACAGUUAUUAGUUAUUAUCCCGAUGGCUUCGUGUCAGCUUUAGAGGAAGAAUUAAUUAAAAGCAGACGCAUCCUUUUAUAAUUUUACAGUUCGCAUCAAGGGACCAAUAAGUUUAUUAUUUCCUUAUUCGUCUUCUCUGGUUCAGUUUCUGGAGCGUUCGUAAUAACCAGAUUAAAUAAGGAAGCUGCCCCGUGUGGUUUUGGGGAUUCUUUUGA